AUGACUAUCGACAAAGAAAUAGAAGACCUGCGGUCGGCAGUAGUCUCUCAGCUCGUCACGCGGAAGCCUGCGCACGGAAUCCCAUUGGAUGCAGUCGUCAGAGAUUACAAAGAAUUAAACGGUGAACAUAUUCCUUAUCGCAAGUACGGUUUCUCGACGUUAGUUGAUUUUCUUAAAACAAUCCCGGAGUUAGAAGUUUAUUCGCGAGGUGUGGCUCAUUAUAUUAAUUUCAAAGGCAAAGAGUCUUUUAAACACGUGACUGAUUUGAUCGCUAGAACGCGGCCGAAACUAAGCAGAAAUUACAAAGGAUCAGCGAACUACCGAAGCCACUCAGUUGGAAUGAGAAAGACAGUUCCGCCGGGUUACAAGCCGCCUCAAGACUACAACAACAGACCGUAUGAAUCUACGUCUUCUUCUUCAUCAAUAAUUGAUCCCGCAGUAACAAGUGAGAUUUUAUCAAUAAUUAAAGAGUGUCCCAGUGGUUUAUUUCUUUCUGAAUUACUUGAAAAACUCUACAACCGUUCGCGUCUUAAUUUAAGCAACAAUCAGAUCCAAGAACACUUGAAGAUGCUCGAGCGUGAAGUUGCUAGUAAAGAUAACAUGAUUUAUCUUAGAAAAUCGUCUCCGCGGGACUCUUUUGCGCCGAGAUCAAGCAGGUCUCAAUCUGUGCCUCCUAGAAGACAUAUUAAUAAUAAUAAUAAUAAUAAUAAUAAUAAUAAUAAUCAAAGCAGGUAUUCUAAUGAGACCAAUGGUAAUCGCAAUUAUGAUAAGUAUGUGAAGAAGAAUAAUAGUGAUUAUAAUAAUUUAGAAGAAAAUAAUGGUCAGUAUGGAAACGGUAAUUAUCAAAGUAAUUAUGGGAAUACAAGUACUGAAAUAAAUUAUUCUAAAAAUGCUUCAUCUAAUAAUAAGAAUUUUAAAAUUGCUGGUGUGGAUUCUGAUGAGGAUUUAAAUAAUGACUAUUAUAAUGAUUUUGAUAGUGGGCCGAGUCUUGCAGAAAAUGAGUACGUUGGUAUUCAUUCAACUAAUGCAAAAAAUAAUAAUAAUAAUAAUAAUGAGUCUCAGUAUCAUGACAAGUCUGGUGAUACUAUCAGUGAUUCAAGAGAAAAAGAUCCAGAGAAAAUAACUUACAAACACGACUCAAGUUACAAUAAUAAUAAUAAUAAUAAUAAUAAUACUCAUGAAUCAAAAGUGAGAUCAUCAAAUUACCAUCAUGAAUCCGAGGCUGUUAAUCCUAAAGUAAAUACCAGCGAUGAUAUAACUAAAGCUGAGAAUAUUGACAGAGAAAUUCUUUUUCAAAAAAAUAAGAAGUUUGUAAUAGAGUCACUUUCUCAGCGUACUGUAUUGAGACUGCAGAAGCUCUUGGAAAAUAAUCCCAAUGGUAUUUGGAGCCUUGACUUGCCGACUUUGUAUGAAAAAGAAUACAAAUUGUCGCUGGACUGGGAAAAGUCAAACUGUCAGCGGUUUUCUGACUUUGUAUCAUAUCUGCCUCAUAUUUUUCACAAGAUUGGGCCUUACAGGAGAGGAGACUAUAAAUUGUUUGAUGCUAGAAAACCGAUACCAGAUGACGAUGAUAAGGUUGUAAAACAAACUCCGACUUUGGCUUCAGUUUAUAAUUCUUAUAACAAUCCGAAUUACUACGACGAAUCGAUCCCACGGCGAGUUUCGCAAGAAGUUAGACGUAAAUUGUUUCCACUGGAUGUAAUUAAUGACGAGGAAACUAUCGAGUGUAUACAGGUCAGUGAAUUUACUCCUGGAACGAACGAGCUUGGAGGAAAACAGUUCCAAUAUGUUGAAGUUAACGUAGUAGAAGCUUUUGAUCCUUCAUUUUUCUGGGUACAAUUGAGUAGAAAUAAAGAUCAAUUUGACGAUAUGAUGGAACGUUUGGGGACAUUUUACGAUGAAAACAGCUCCAAGUACGCAAUUCCUCAAGUUUUAAUGGUUGAAAAAUUGAAUGUUGCUUGCAAAUUCUACGGCACAUGGCAUCCCAUCCCAUGUGGUUUAGCUGGGAUUGAACCCAAGGUACAUACCGGCGAAGGUAAUGGUUGGCCUGUUGAAACACGUGAUGUAUUUAUUAAAUUGGCCUUCAAAUGUGAAAUGUGGGCGAUGGUACAAAAAAUUGAUCUUGACAAUAAUUCCAUGCUGGUUGGUCUGACUGAUACUUCAGAUGCAGAAGAUCUUCACAUUGCAGACUUCUUAUUACGACACAAGCUAGCUGCGAAAUCUAACACGGUUCGUAUUACCACCAGAAACUUUUUUUUCAAACACGCUUUACAAUCUUCUGCCGAAUGGAAGAAAAAAUAUUUAAACGCGUCUGUAGGUAAUUCUAGCUUAGCUCGAAUUAAUCGUCAUAAAUCAGUUAAAUUUUCGUCUUCUGAUAUUAAUAAGUACCGUAAUCACAGUAAAGAAAACGCUCAAAAAUCUAGUGAAGCUUUAUCGCCUUCAAUGCUACGUGAAAGAGCUAAAUCUGAACUCAAGUCCAAGCAAAUAGAAUCACAACCAUCUCCAGUAGUUUUAAAUUAUUUACCUCCCCCAAGAGUAAAUUUAUUAUCCUUAGGAUCCUCUUUAGACAAAGUACAGUUAUGGUUUGAACUAAAUAAGGAAUUAAAUAAAAAUUCAGGUGAUGAGAGCUCUAACGAUUCAAUUGGUGCUAAUUUUGAAGCAUCUAAACUUGAACCUAUUCAUCAUGAACCAAAAUCUGUUCCAAAAAAGCAAACAAUUAAACUUGAAGAUAUUUUUAAGACAUCCCCAGCUCAAGAUACUUCUCAAAAAAUUGAACCCCAUCAUGUUUCUAAAACAUCUAAACCUCAUUAUGUUUCUGAGUCACCUAAUCAUUCAUUAUUAAAAACUCCAAUUGAAGAUCAUAAUCCAGUUAAAUGUAAGGAUGUAUCAAAUAUAAUUGCCGUUGAUGACAGAGCUGACAUUCCUGAAUGUGGAACCUUUAGUAGUCCUUUAGGAGGGCACGGGCGAGCAGAACCAAUUGAUUGGAAUAAUAUCAAACAAUUGUUGAAGAAAAAUGAACGAGAAACUCUCCAAUCACAAUCAAGCUCCGAUGAAACUUCAAGUGGAAACAAAGCGCCGGUACUUUCUCAGCCCGGAGUUUCAAAAUUAUUGACUGCUUUUGACGAUGAAGAUGAUGAUAAAAUUCCCGAAUCGGGAACAUUCAGUAGUCCUUUGGGUGGUCAUGGACGAGAAGAAUUUUUAGACUGGAACGCAGUAAGAGGACAAGUUGAGGUUACCAACGACGAGAAGGUAUCAAAAUCAAUCUCACUAGGAAAACUUUCUUCAGCGAAGCCUAUGGUUGGUAAUAAUAAUAAUAAUGAUAAUAAACCUGCAGGUAAGUCAUAUUUGAAUGACGAGGCUCAUCGAUACUUUGAAAACUUUUAUCAAUCUUGUAUUGCUCCUAAAAUUUCAAAAGGAAAUUCUAUUUUAUCGUGGGAUAGCGGAGAUGAAGUUCAAUACACUGGGACAAUUACACCGAUGGUACGACAAACUCUUAAUACUAUCAAUAAAAAAUCUCGACGAGUCAAGGUGACCGUUCCAGUUAAUGUACGAAGAUUGAUAGAUGGAGGACCUGGCUCUAGUUCUGAUAGCGUUUCUUCAGGAAGUCAACGAAGCGGCUGGAAUUCAUUUGAUAGACCAGUUAGUCGGUCUAAUAAUGUUGAGCAGAAAAGCGACAGUGAUUGUAGAUCCUCUGGUUCGUCUAAACAAGUUCCGACAAUUUAUAAAUUAUUAAAGACUCGUCAUUUGAAUAGUAUUAAAAAGAGCAAAAAUGAAAGUUCAAGUGAUGAAAAGAAGGAAGAUUCUGAAAAGGUUAAUAAUGAAACUGCUGAAAGUCAAUCUCAAAAGAACAAAGUAUUGAUUGAACAGUUACCAUCUCCUAAGAAAAAAGUAUUGAUUGAAGAGUUACCAUCUUCAAAGAAGAAAGUCAAUUCAAUUUAUUACGCAUCUGCAAGAAUUAGCUUAUUUAAAAAAUUAAAUCUACAAAGAGAAUCAAGUAUUGAUGAUGGCAGUCUUGAUUCAGAUGAUUCUUAUUGCGGGGCGAGUACAAGGAAGGAAGUUGCUUCUGAUAGCAGUAACGAUUUUAAAAAAAUAAAUAAUGAGAACUCGGAAAUUAAUCACAAACUUACCAAAAGAGUUAAUUUUGAAGAAGAAGAAAAAGGAAGUAGUGAUGAAAAAAUUAAUGAAAUGUUAAUUGAAAAAUUGGAUUCUGAAGAAAGUACAAAAGAUAGCAAUAGCUUAAAUGAAAAAAAUAAUAAUGAUGUGAAUAAACUUGAGGUUUGUGUGCCAAAACAACCGCCUAAAUCAAUGGGAGUUUAUAAUGACCUAGACCCUGAAUCUGAUAACAGCGAGUAUGAUUAUAAUUUACCAUUAGAUUUUCUUGCAAAUUUCUUCGGUGUUCAACUUCCUAAUCAAAAAAGUAUCACAAACUCGUCAGCAGGUACUGACACUGAUGGUAAUUCUGAAGAUGAGAAAUUACAAAUUGAAGAAAUAAAUGAAAAAGCUUCAAGUUAUCUGUCUGAGAGCAGCUUAGACAUUUCUAGUGCUCGUGAUAAUUAUCUAUCACCUUCGUCUCGUGUAGAAACAGAUUCCGAGUCCCCAAUAAAGCAUCCAAAAACUUUUGACAAUAAGAAAAAUUUGACUAAAGUUUAUAAUCACCCUGAGUAUCAAAAGAUGUUCAAGUUUGAAAAAAAUAACGAGGGAUCUAAAAAAGAAUUUGAUUCACCUGACAGCGAUUUUCAAAAUUCUGACCGUGAAAAAAUAAUUAGGACACCGAGUGUUAAGUUGAAGUGUUCUAUAUUAAACGAAGUUAAAAAGUCAGGGCUUCUUGAAUCUCCAAAAAACAUCGUCAUCGAUCCAAAUGACAUGAGUUUGUACGUCGAAGAUUACGGAGAAAAUCACACUAACAGCAUUAUAGAAUUACUGCAGACUACACCAAGAAUUUCUACUACUCCGUCAACAGAAGUGUCAUCUGCCUCUCCGACAAUACAAAAUUCAAGUGGUAUUAUUCCCAACUCGGGGGUUACUACUACACCCAAUGUUCCUUCCGUAGCAAUGUGGGAAACUGUUAGAGAAAAAAUAAUCCAGGUUCUAGAUCAAUACACCCAGUCGGCAGUGAGUUUGUACAAAUCUAUGAUCGUCGCUGAUAUGGAGUCCAAGGGUCUUGAAAUUAUAAAUAGCACUUUCUAUGAAUUGUACGCUAAGUUAUUUUACCAGACUAUCAGUUCGAUUAAUUUUAGCGAAACGCCUGCAGUUACGUGUACUCCUAAUCGGCCAGCCUCCAAAUAUCCCCCGGAGUUGAUUGAACUGUACAAGUGUAUUAAAGAUCAGUCUUUAUCAGAAACUAAAUCUAUCGCUGACAGCGAAGCUACGUUAACUAAUGAAAAAAAUGACUCUGAUAUAUUCGACGAAUCUUUUAGAAGUCUUAAAAUAGAUAACGCUUCAAAUCUUGCUAAUAUUGCAGCUGAAACUACUAGCACUCCUCAUCAAGUACAAACAGACCGUGUUAGACUAGAAAAUUCAAUUGCCCAAGCUAGUCAAUCGUUUUUCCAAAAAUUGAAUGAACAAAAAUCAUCAAUGGAAGUUCCAAGUGAUUUUGUUGAAACAAAUCCUUUUAAACAAGACAUAACGUCUUCUGAAACGCAAAAAAUAAAAUAUCUACCGCCUCUACCACCAAGACCCAGAAAAGAAACUAUUAAAUCUGCGCCUCCUAAAACUAAUUUAAAUUUUGGAGUAAUUAGCGCAUCUCCAGUGCUGUAUGAUAUUCCAGAAAAAAUUACAGAUGAUUUAGAAGAACCAACUACUGAUACGACAGUUUUUAAUCCUGAUCCUAUUGAACCGGUGAAAAGUUCAAUACCUGUUUAUAAUAACAUACUUAUAAAUCCAGUUGGUAUUAACAGACAACGUAAUGAGAAUUACGAAGAAGAUUCUUGGGAUUCAAAGAGUAGCUACUCAGUGUGCGACCCGGUAGAUGCGACUACUGCUGAGAGUAUUGAAAAAGAUUCAUCUUAUUCGUACAGUGAUCAAUUAUCUAAAAGCACUGAUAAGUCUUACGGUUCUGUUAAAAAUAAUAAUCCAAUUGCUAAAAAAUACUCUAACCCAAUACCUUUUAGAACUGCGAAACUCACGAAUUGCGAUGUUAUUAUUUAUAAUUUUGCUAACAGUGGAUGGAUACUGAUUGAUCAUUACAGACGAGCUUUUACCGUUUUUGAUGACAACAAAUUUAUUUUAACGAUGAUUGAAUUAAAAUCUGUUAAUAUCCCGGUUAAGAAAAUAACUUUUGAUAAAUAUCCUCAGAUAUUUGAACAGUACAGACAGUCUUUUGAACGAUUUAAAGAAAAUGAUGAUUUAGAAACCUUGGAUUUGAUUCCUGUGAGUCAUGUGCUUAAGCUAUCGCAAAAACUCGUUGUUGUAGCUCGAGAUGAAAUUGAAAGCAUUAAAAAUCGUAAUUACGACGUUCAGUUGUCUGCUAAUAUGAUUGAUUUACUCAAAUUAAUAUCUCAUAACGAAAUAUUUAUUAAUGACUUGAUGAGUAAAUAG